AUUUGUCAGAUGACAACCAUUGAACCCGUGACUGUUACGUCAUAUUCGUCUGUAAUCUCUCUGUGAAAUAGAGAGAAGUUUUUUCUUUCAUUCUCUACUUGUUCAUAGACUGUAAUUGUUGUGAAUCUUAUGGAAACGUUAAGGAUUCUUAAUUAAAUCUGAUUAUUUUAAUCAAUUUUGAAAUUGUUGAAUCAGCUACAAUUAAAAUUUUCUGAUUAGUUACUGCGUCUCAGUGUCGAAAUUGUGCACGAAAGAAUUAAUUUAAAAAUCUGGAGUGUAAAUUACAUCAAUUAUGAAAAUCACUUUGCUAGCUUUUGCUGUUAUAUUUCUUUCAGCAUGUUCAUUAGCUCAAAACUCUAGUCAAGAUCCAGAAGGUAAAUCUACAGAUGUUUCUGUAGAAACUUCAUCACCAAUUUCAUCUUCAAGCUCAGAUGCGACAACUACGACUUCGACUUUAGCUCCAACAACCACAGCCUCUUCAAGCUCAGUUCAGACUACCACAGCCUCUUCAAGCUCAGUUCAGACAACCACGGCCUCUUCAAGCUCAGCUCAGACGACCACAUCUUCUGAGCCAACAACCACUUCAGUUUCUCCAACUCCUUCUCCUACUCCUGAAACAACCACUUCUCAUGAAACAACUACAUCUCGUGAAACAACUACUUCUCAUGAAACAUCAGUUUUGCCUACGUCUUCGACCGAGUCCCCAGUAACCACCACAGCUCCAAUUCCAGUUCCAGAACCUGGAUAUUGGAAUGUUACUGAAGGAAAUACAACAUGCAUAAGAGCUAACUUGGCAAUUAGAUUUAAAAUAGAGAUAAAUGGUCAAGUUGAUUAUAUUUUAUUAAGACCAACUGCAUCCUCUGAUGGAAGUAAAUGCAAUACAUCCGAUGGUACUGAAUUAUUAUUAUUGAAAGAUGUCGAUUACAAUAUAAUUUUUGUUUUUGAGAAAAGUUCUGAUAAUAUUUAUGUGAAAAACACUUCUUUUACCUACUACUUGCCUUUCUCAACUGAAACAUUUACCAACGAUUCUCAUUUCUACGAAGUGAAAGCUGGAAAUUCUUAUUUGUGUAAAACUCCCAGUGAUGUCAUUCUCGGAAAUGCAACUAUGGAAGUACUAUCUAUUCAUUUGCAAGCUUUUGGUGCAGAACAUAAUAAGGAUUUUGGAUCAGCUGAGGAAUGUGGAGCAGAUAGUCCUAUCAAUGAUGUUGUUCCCAUCGCCGUUGGAGUUGCUCUGUUGGCUUUAGUGAUAGUUGUACUUAUUGCAUAUCUUGUUGGAAGGAGAAGAAGUCGUCAAAGGGGAUACCAAUCUGUUUAAUUUUAAGACUGAGCUCCAGAAGUAGACUUCGAGUGUACUUAUUUUGAAGGUUAACUUAAGAAACCAAGCACUAUGGUCAUGCUAUGCAUGUUUUACUGUGCUGCAUUUGUUUGCACAUGUCUAUUUUUUGAACCCACAAAAAUAUGUAAAAACAAUAAUUGUCUAGAAAAUGUAGAGAAUAAUUGUAAGACUGUAGCACAAAUCGUUCUCGUUCAAAAUGACAUGCUUGGUAUUUCAGACUUUUUUUAAAAUAAAUAAGCUUACCAAAUGUUUUUAAUUUUUGUGUUGUUGUUAAAAGAAAUACUUAUUUUUAUUCUUUUUUUUGUACCCUAUUCUUUUUUCAACAAUGCUUAUGAUGAGAUUGUGAUUUCCUCUUCAGUUCGAGAUGGCUUAUUAAGCCAACGAGUUGUAAAUAUAUAUAAUAGUUAAUCGUUCUCUCUGUUUGAUGUUUAGAAUUACUCAAAUGUAAAUGUUGCUUUUUGUUAAUAAAGUCUUUCACAGUC